AGACUCAUUUCAUUUUCAUAUAUGACGCAUCAAUCUAUACCUAUCAUUUUCGAUUGUUCCAAAUCUUUAUUAAAAACAAGUUUUUGUGCGUAAUUAUAAUUUAUAAUUGCGAAUAUAUUUUUAUUCGUAUGCUGUAGGUAGUUCUCCGUAUUGAAAAUGAGUUUCCUUGGGAAAAUAUUCGGCGGGAAGAAGGAAGAAAAAGGUCCAACGACCCAUGAAGCAAUACAAAAAUUACGUGAGACCGAAGAGUUGUUGGUAAAGAAACAGGAAUUUCUGGAGAGGAAGAUUGAAGUAGAGAUACAGACAGCUAGAAAACAUGGAACAAAGAAUAAGAGGGCGGCCAUUGCUGCUCUUAAACGUAAGAAGCGCUACGAGAAACAGCUCACCCAAAUUGAUGGCACUCUCACACAAAUAGAAGCACAGAGAGAAGCAUUAGAAGGUGCCACUACAAAUGCACAAGUCCUCAACACCAUGAAGGAUGCUGCCAAUGCAAUGAAAUUAGCACAUAAAGAUAUUGAUGUGGACAAGGUGCAUGAUAUAAUGGACGACAUUGCGGAACAGCACGACAUCUCGCGUGAAAUCACCGACGCCAUCAGUAACAACGUUGCCUUCUCCAACGACGUCGACGAGGACGAACUGGAGAAGGAACUUGAGGAGUUGGAACAGGAGGAUCUGGACAAAGAGAUGUUGGGUAUCAAUGUACCAACGGACAAGCUGCCCGAUGUACCGACGUCGGAGCUUGUUCACGACAAACCCAAGCCCAGCAAGGCUAAGCAGACUGAGGACGACGACGAUUUCAAAAUGCUGGAGUCCUGGGCUACAUAGGUGCGAUUUAAACUCGUUUAUAAAGACAUCUCUGCUUUUAUACGAUGUUAUUUUUGACAUCGGCAGAGCGUGUUGCGUUCACACACAUGGCCUAUCUGCAUUACGAUAUUUUAUCGCAACUUGCACAUAGUUUUCCGCGGCAAAAAUUAUGUAUUUUCUUAAAAAACUCAAAAAAAAUCGCAGUGCGGGAUACAGGAUCAAAAUUUCACCUGUCAUUUCAACCAAAUUCGUUAAAUAAUUAACGAAUUUUGUUAAUUAGUUAAUAUAUGUUUUACUUAAUUAACAUAUGUUGUUAAUUAACGAAUUUUGUUGAAUUAUAUAUCUUAAUGUUGGUUUAACUUCAUUUUGUAGUAUGGCUUCCAUUGUAAAGGUUGUAAAUUUCGC